UCCAAUUAUUUUUUCUGUUGACCAGUGCAUUAUUUCCAAUUAGAUGGGGGUUGAUACAACGACUUGAUUCCAUCAAUUUAAGAUACAAAAAAUAUUUAAUAAAUCAAGAAAAUUAUGGGAUAAACUUGACUGCAUUCCCGAGGAAACAAUCCAAUUCAGUUUGACAAUCGAAUCCUUCUCUCUCUCUCUCUCUCUCUGUUUCCAUACUCGGUUGCGUUGCUGUCCUCUGUUUUUGUUUGCUCUGUUUCUGAGUCAAACUCGGAAUCCGACUGAAGGAGGAAGGGAGAUGUCGGGAGAGCAAGUGCUAAUCGGUUCAAUCGAUCAAGGAACCACCAGCACCCGGUUCAUCAUCUAUGACAAACAAGCUCGCCCAAUCGGAUCUCACCAGGUCGAGUUCACUCAGUUCUGCCCACAAGCAGGAUGGGUGGAGCACGAUCCGAUGGAGAUUGUGGAGAGUGUGAGGGUUUGUGUCACGAAGGCCAUUGACAAAGCAACUGCCGAUGGGCACAACGUGGACAGUGGACUCAAGGCUAUUGGGCUGACCAACCAGAGAGAAACGACGGUCGUUUGGAGCAAAUCUACUGGUUGCCCUCUUCACAACGCCAUUGUUUGGAUGGAUGUCCGUACCACUUCGAUCUGCAGGAGAUUAGAGAAAGAGUUACAAGGUGGACGGACCCAUUUUGUUGAUACUUGUGGCUUACCCAUAAGCACUUAUUUCAGUGCCCUGAAAUUGCUAUGGUUGAUGGAGAAUGUGGAUGCUGUCAAAGAAGCUGUGGUGAAAAAGGAUGCCCUUUUUGGAACUAUAGACACCUGGUUGAUUUGGAAUUUGACUGGAGGCAUAAACGGCGGCUUACAUGUCACCGAUGUUUCAAAUGCAUCACGAACUAUGCUCAUGAACCUUAAAACACUGGAAUGGGAUAAACCCACAUUGGAAACACUAGGAAUUCCUCCCGAAAUCCUUCCCAAGAUUGUUAGCAAUUCCGAGGUUAUUGGAAAUAUAACAACCGGAUGGCCAAUCACCGGAAUCCCAAUCGCUGGAUGCCUUGGCGAUCAACAUGCAGCAAUGGUGGGCCAAGCUUGUAGGAAAGGAGAGGCAAAAAGCACUUAUGGCACUGGUGCUUUCAUCCUUCUCAACACCGGUGAAGAGGCAAUUCAGUCUACUCAUGGUCUAUUAAGCACUGUAGCUUUCAAGCUCGGUCCAGAUGCUCCAGCAAACUAUGCUAUCGAGGGCUCUAUUGCCAUUGCUGGAGCGGCUGUUCAGUGGCUCAGAGACGGUCUAGGCAUAAUCAAGAGUGCAAGUGAGAUUGAAGAAUUGGCAUUGCAAGUUGACUCCACAGGUGGGGUUUAUUUUGUGCCAGCGUUUAACGGGUUGUUCGCUCCAUGGUGGCGUGAUGAUGCUCGUGGUGUUUGUAUUGGGAUCACUAGGUUUACAAACAAGUGUCACAUUGCUCGAGCUGUGCUUGAGAGUAUGUGUUUCCAGGUGAAAGAUGUGCUGGAUUCAAUGCACAAGGACGCAGGGGAAAAGGGUGAGGUCAAAAACGAAAAGGGGGAGUUCUUGCUUAGGGUUGAUGGUGGGGCUACCGUUAACAAUCUUCUGAUGCAGAUUCAGGCAGACUUGCUGGGUAGCCCAGUGGUAAGACCAGCUGACAUAGAGACAACAGCGCUUGGUGCAGCCUACGCUGCUGGGUUGGCUGUCGGUGUUUGGACAGAAGACGAGAUUUUUGCUGCCGGGCACAAGACAGAUAAAGCGACAUUCUUCCAUCCAACCCUGAUGGAAGAACUGAGGAAGAAGAAGGUGGAUUCUUGGUGCAAAGCCGUUUCAAGAACUUUUGACUUGGCUGAUCUUUCCUUGUAACUUCACUCACUCCUUGUCCCCCCAUGUUUCUGUUAUCUGCCUUCCCAUGUUAUCCUUUUUCCCUUCUGUCCACCGUCUGUUUGCUUUAUGCACCUGCGUGUGCUGGAAACCUUAAUUUUAUCGCACUCUUGAAGUUUAAUCAUAAUAAAUUGCUCUUUUUAAGGUA